AUGUACUUAAAAAUUAUUUUAAGUCUUUUACUCUGUGGUAUUGCUUUAUCGAAAGCCGACUCCUAUUUGGGUUACAAAGUUUACGAUAUUGAUGCGAAAAAUGAUUUUGAAAAGGAGGUGAUCUUUAGAUUGUCAGGCAACGACGAUUAUGAUUUCUUCGACUUACCUAAGAUAAUUGGCAAGCCAGCACGAGUCAUGGUACAGCCAAAGGACCAAAUGGAAUUCGAGACCACUUUAAAUAAAUUCGGAAUUGAUUACAAUGUUAUUAAUGAAGAUAUUGGGCAAACAUUGGAAAUCGAGCGUUUACAAAAUAACUUUUUACGUGCUGCCCUAGGUCGAAGUUCGCGUAUUAGUUUUUCUAAUUUUCAACGCUUUGGGGCGAUAAACGCUUACCUUGACGAAUUGGCUAAAGCUUAUCCUAAUCGCGUUAGCGUUAAAACAAUUGGGAAAUCUUAUGAAAAUCGCGAUAUGAAAGCCAUUACCAUUACGGACGGUGACCUUUCGCAUAAGAAAAAAGCGAUACUUGUCGAUGGCGGUAUUCAUGCCCGCGAAUGGAUUGCUCCAGCUGCGACCAUAUAUAUUAUACAUCAGUUGGUCGAAAAUUUCGAGAAAAACUCGAACCUAUUAAAAGAAUACGAUUGGAUUAUUUUGCCCGUAGUCAAUCCUGAUGGCUAUGAAUAUACGCAUACAAAUUCGCGUAUGUGGCGUAAAACUCGUCGACCUAUAGAUGGAAAAUGCUUCGGUACUGAUGGUAAUCGUAACUUUGAUUAUCAUUGGGGUGAAGUUGGUGCUUCAGCAGUAUCUUGUGCCGAUACCUUUAAAGGCCCCACUGCAUUCUCUGAACCAGAAACCAGAGCUCUUCGUGAUUUAAUGCUUACCUUGAAAGGUCGCGCUAAAAUGUAUUUAACUCUGCACUCCUACGGCAGUUAUCUUCUAUAUCCUUGGGGCUGGACUUCUGAAUUGCCUGAAACCUGGAGAGAUAUCGACGAAGUUGCCCAAGCUGGUGCUUCAGCUAUUAAGAAGGCCACUGGAAGCCAAUACACUGUCGGUUCAUCGACCAAUGUCUUAUAUGCUGCUGCCGGUGGUAGUGAUGAUUAUGCUUACGCUGAAGCUAAAAUCCCUAUUGCGAUUACCAUGGAAUUGCCCGCAGGUGGUAGCGGUUUCGAUCCUUCUCCAGAUCAAAUACAACCCUACGUCGAAGAGACUUGGAUUGGCAUUAAAGCCAUGGCUGAAAAGGUUAUCGAAAAAUAUUAAAAUGUUUUGUAAAUAAAUUUCUUAGUUGCCUGCGAUAA